UCACUGCUCAGCAGUUAUCUGUACCUGCGCUUGCAAACAGAAGCAGUGCGCGUUACCCAAAUGGAGCCGGUGGAUUUUACUUGAAGAACGAAAGAAACAGGGCAGUUUAAACAAUUAGAAAUGUCUCUUUAUUGCAUAGCAUGGAUUCGCGGAUUGUUCAUUUCCCCGUUUUUGAAGAGGUAACAGUAAAGGUAGAUGCAUGACAACAUGGAUUGCCUUUUUCUUUUGCUCUGGAGUUUACAAGUCCCUUUGGUAAGCAGCACAUCAGUGAGAUUAUUGGCGAGUGUGUCGUUUGGGAAUUUAAUAAAGGCUCUGCAGUUCUGUUGCUUCCACUCUGUAACAUCGGUGUCAUUUACCGGCGACACUGGCGUCCUCUAUCAAGAUUACGAUUUUACCAUACCAGUGGAAGUCGACUCACUUGGAGGCUAUAUUUCCCAUGAUGUGUCAAGGCAUGGAAGGAACAGGAGAUCCCUGUCAGAAGCUGGUGGUCCAGUGCACUAUCAUGUCUCUGCAUUUGGCAAGGAAUUGCACUUAGACCUGCAGCCAUCUCCUGUGCUGGCAGAAGGGUUUACUCUACAGACCCUGGGUGCAGAGGGCAUCAGUACAGCCACCCUUCAGCCUUCUAUUCAUAACUGUCUCUAUCAGGGUUCCAUCAGAAACCAUUCUGAAUCCUCUGUGGCUAUAUCCACCUGUACAGGUCUGUCAGGUCUGAUCCGGUUCUCCAGCGAAGAACUUCUCAUCACUCCACUACCGCAGCAUUUGGCUUUACAACACAACUACAGCGCCCCCUCUGGACAUCGCCCACAUGUCAUCUACAAGCGAUCAGCUGAGCGCAGAGUGUUCUCAAAUAAGACUGACUGGAUCAGCAGUGUUAAAUCAAACAACCCCUACAAGAACCACCACCGUCACCACCACCGUCACCAUGACUACCAGCACGGAAAGCUCCAGAGACAACAUUUCUGCGGACGCCGCAAGCAAUAUAAUCCCAAGUCUCCUACAGAGGAUCAUUUUGUCAUGCCUGAUGAGUUUGAGCAGCAAAGCCGGGUGAAGCGCUCAGAGAUUACAUCAAGCAAAGACGCUGGCCUGAACGUGGAAACUCUGGUGGUGGCGGACAGGAAGAUGCUGGAGAAACAUGGCAGAGAGAACGUCACUACCUAUGUCCUUACUGUCAUGAACAUGGUCUCCAGUCUGUUCAAAGAUGGAACUAUUGGAAAUGAUAUUAACAUUGUUGUGGUCAGCCUUCUCCUACUUGAAAAAGAUCCGCUGGGUCUGUCUAUCAACCAUCACGCAGACCAAUCACUCAACAACUUCUGCCAGUGGCAGUCUGGCCUAGUAGGUAAAAACGGCAAGCGGCACGACCAUGCCAUACUGUUGACAGGGCUGGACAUCUGCUCCUGGAAGAACGAACCAUGUGAUACCUUAGGUUUCGCUCCAAUAAGUGGGAUGUGUAGCAAGUAUCGUAGCUGCACGAUUAAUGAAGAUACGGGGCUGGGCCUCGCUUUCACCAUCGCCCACGAGUCAGGACAUAAUUUUGGAAUGAUCCAUGACGGAGAGGGGAAUCCCUGCCGGAAGACUGAAGGGAACAUAAUGUCUCCCACAUUGGCUGGGAACAAUGGUGUUUUCUCAUGGUCUGCCUGUAGUAGGCAAUACUUGAACCGAUUUUUAGGUACAGCUCAGGCUUCAUGUCUAGUGGAUGAACCUAAGCAGAUAGGCCAGUACAAGUACCCUGAGCAGCUUCCAGGGCAGCUGUAUGAUGCUGAUAUACAGUGCAAAUGGCAGUUUGGCUCGAAAGCAAAACUGUGCAGCCUGGACUUUGUAAAGGACAUCUGUAAAUCAUUGUGGUGCCACAGAACAGGACACCGGUGUGAGACCAAGUUCAUGCCUGCUGCCGAGGGCACCAUCUGCGGAACAGACAUGUGGUGCCGGAGAGGACAGUGUGUCAAAUUGAAUGAUCAUGGUCCUACAGCGGUGCAUGGCCAGUGGUCGGGCUGGUCCGAGUGGUCUGACUGUUCACGCACCUGUGGUGGAGGGGUCAUGUACAGAGAGCGGUCCUGCAACAGCCCCAGCCCACAGCACAAUGGCAAGUUCUGCCAAGGCCCCGGUCGACUGCACCAGCUGUGUAACACCAAGCGAUGCCAGCCCAGUGGAGUGGACUUCAGAGCUCAGCAGUGUGCCGAGUACAACAGCAAACCCUUCAGGGGAUGGUACUACAAAUGGAAGCCAUACACCAAAGUGGAAGAAGAGGACAUCUGUAAGCUGUACUGCAUUGCUGAGGACUUUGAUUUUUUCUUCGCUAUGUCCAGCAAAGUCAAAGAUGGGACAUCUUGCUCAGACUACAAAGGAGGCGUAUGCAUUGAUGGGAUAUGCAAGCCGGUGGGCUGUGACCAGGUGUUGGGAUCAAAGGCUGCUUUGGAUGCCUGUGGCGUUUGUAAAGGAGACAACUCAAGCUGCAAGUUCUACAGUGGCCAGUACACCCUCCAGCACAGAGCCAAUGAAUAUUACCCCAUUGUGACGGUUCCUGCUGGAGCGAGAAGCAUCAGGGUGCAAGAGAUGGAGAUCUCAACCAGCUAUCUGGCUGUCCGCAGCCUGAAGCGUGGCACCUACUACCUGACGGGAGAUUGGACGGUGGACUGGCCUGGCAGGUUCCAGUUUGCAGGCUCUACGUUCAACUAUCAUCGCUCUUUCAACCGUCCUGAGAUCCUAUACGCCACAGGCCCCACUAAUGAGACCCUGCUCUUUGAAAUUCUUCUUCAGGGUAAAAAUCCUGGUAUAUCCUGGGAAUACACUUUACCCCAUCCUGAGAAGAAGCACAACUACACCUGGUCUGUGGUGCGCUCUGACUGCUCAGCGUCUUGUGCUGGGGGUCGGGUCUCAAUGAAAGCCAUUUGUUUGCAGGAUCACAACAUGCAGGUCAACUCUUCACUCUGCAACCCUGAGACCAGACCUGUGGUGGGCUCUCACCUGUGUAACACACAGCCCUGCCCUGCUUAUUGGACGACAGGUAAAUGGGGAGUGUGCAGUAGAGCAUGUGGAGGUGGGCAGCAGACACGGAACAUCCGCUGCAUGAGGAAGGUGACGUACCAGCGGGAAGAGGUUGCGGCUCACUCCUUAUGUCCAGUAAUGGCUCCGGCCCAACUACAGCCCUGCAAUACACAGACAUGUCCUCCAGAGUGGAGCACUGGCUCCUGGUCUCAGUGCUCUAAGACCUGUGGGCGAGGGUUGAAGAAGCGUAGUGUUUUCUGCAGGAGCACCAAUCCAGGUGCCAGGGCUGUGGUGGUGCCUGACAGCAUGUGUAAAUUACACCUGAAGCCCAAAGCCCAGGAGGCCUGUGUGCUGAGCCGCUGUCCCAGGAAUGAGCGUCUUCAGUGGAUCACUACCACCUGGGGAGAGUGUUCAACCUCAUGUGGAGCAGGAGUAAAGAGAAGAGAGCUGCAAUGUGGGGAGAAAGACUCCCAAGGAGGCUACACAGAGUUCCCUGUGAGGAGGUGCAGGAACCUCCAUAAGCCCCAAGCAGACCUUGAGCAAGCUUGUAAUAAUGGCCCCUGCCCAGAGCCCCCACCGCCCCAGAUCCUCCAGCCUGGCCCAGACAGGGCUGGCACUUCUGUGACUCUGGGCUGGUACUCCUCUCCUUGGCUGCAGUGCACGGUGUCCUGUGGUGGUGGGGUGCAGACACGUAGCGUUCAGUGUCUGAGGCAAGGGCGUCUGUCAGUGGGAUGUUUACCUCAUCAGAGACCCAUCAGCUCACGUGCUUGCAAUACACAUUUCUGUCCUGGUCCAGUCCCAGUCCCUGUCCUACCUCCCUCACCUACACUUAAAGAAGACCAUCUUUGCAUCGACUUCUUCAGCUGGUGUCAUCUGGUGCCUCAGCAUGGGGUUUGCAAUCACAAAUUCUACGGUCAACAAUGCUGCAAGUCCUGUUCCGCCAAAAGACUGUAAGAGGAAGAUCUUCCCAUAAGCCUCCUCGCUUCUCUUAGAUCUGUAAAUCAUUGUGAUACAGAUGACCACUAUGGACAAAGUUGAUAUUUGCGAGAUGUGGUAAAGAAAGAGGCAUACCAGUGGACCGUGUCUUGGACUAGGAACUCGAAAAACUCAUUGGUACAUUGGAAAACUGGACCUGGUUCUGGCUUCAUCUGUGGUGUAUCAUAAUUAGAAUUGUGGUUCUUUAAUAACCAAUCUGCAAAACAUUUAUAUUGUAAAUAUAUCUGUUCUCUUAUGAUUGGAGAUGGGACCAUCAGUUUAAGCCAUAAAGAGACUUCCAUCAUCAGUUCACAUUGAAGAGCACCAGAUGAACAUUGGCGAGACUGUACACAUCUGAAGUACUAUAGAAUCCAUUGAAACCGUGUGUUUACCAGCAGAUAUACAGAACUGAGGGAUGUUCCACUGCACUGGUUUUUAAAAGUUUCAUCUAUGAAAACUCGUGUUCUUGAUGGUUGUCUUUUACCGUUGCUUCAUAUCUUGCUGCUUUUUUAACCUCUCGCUAUGUUGUCAAUUGUCAAGUUAACAGAAGUUCAAUGUUUGGCACAGCUCAUAAAUGUCAGUUUCUAAACAGUGAACCAAUCAGAAGAAACCAGGGGCAGAGCAAUCGAGUGUGUUUACAGCAACAACUGUACAUCAUUUAUUGGACGAAUGGUUUAGCUAUAGCCAGUUUUUAUUGUUUUGUUAUUAUCUUCAUUUUAAAAACAGUACAUUUCACAGUGAACAACUCCUGAACCUGUAAUCAUUUAGUCUAAAGGUGUGGUCGCAUUUGUGAAUUUUUCUGUGAAAACGGUCCCUUGUCUAAUUUUAAUAAUGUAGUGAUUAAUGAAGCACAGCUCAUACAGAAGUCACUUUCAAACCAAGCCACAUGUGAUCUCACAUUAAUACUGCCUGCUUUACAGGACUGCUUUAGUUUGAAUCAGCAAAUCUUUUGAAUCAGUGUUUUCGGGUGCAAUAAGAAGUGCAGUGCACAUUCUCAUUCCAUCAUAAUUUUGUUUUAUUUUUUCUCAAAACAAUUCAUCUUGUAUAUUUUAUUUGUUAAUGUGUUUAGUUUGCUAUAAAAGCUUUCCUCCAGGGAAGAGAACAUCCACAUCUCUAGUGCGUAGGCUUCUAAUUUUAACAGACAUUAACAUGCAAAAAUUUUCUCUGUGGAACUGGUGUGACCUGUAAGUUUGAGUCACAAUUCCAUCUGAUUGCCACAGAAGACUAAAGCAGACAAGAUAGAUUUAUCAUUAAUGAAGAUCAGUGCUUCUGCUGAAAUAUGUAGUGGGUCCAUUGGUAGAUGAACUAUGUUUGUGUAGGGAUGCCAGUAUGUGAGUGUAAUUUGUCUGUGGUUCAUACAAGCCAUCUCCCAUGCGGUGUACGAGAGCUCAUCCCAGAUGCGUGUCAGAGAGGUUGCUCUCAGUCACUUUGUAGGGACCAAUUAGUGUGCAGGAGCGAGUGUCAUGCUCAAACCCAAGCCUCUCGGGACUUGGAACCUCAUCUAAGUUUACUUUGUUAGUGUUCUUCAACUCUUUCUGUUUCUAUCUGUUUGAGUGUUGAAGUUGUUGGAGCACUAUUUUGUGCUUUACGGAAAAGUGGAGUCUCACCUUAGUAAAGCUUUCCCAGGGUUCAGGUAUGACGGUCAUGCUCUAACAAUAAACAUCGCAACAGAUGGCACAUGAGGUUUAGCUGAAGUACUCAUUCUGUCCUCGUUUCAGUCCAAACACUUCAUUAACAGUUCCCAACCCCUUUAAGGGGAUAUUUGCAUACACUAAUAAGUGCAAAAGUUCACUUUUUUAGAAGUAGAUGUUGCACUGCAGAGUGCUCUGUCCUUUUUGCCUGAACCCUUUCAAAGGGUACCUUCGUUUAUUGGUUGUAUAACUUCUGGAUCUCCAUUAAUGAACUCGUGUUUGGUUUCUUACAAUAUGUUUCCCAACUAAUGUGUUCCUAAUCAUGAAAAAAUGUAAAAUACAUUGUUUAGCCUUGUCGUGAUGUUAUGUAUGUUAUGUACAAAGGAUGACUCAUGUCUUUCAUCACUGUCUGAAUUGAAAAAGUGUGUAAUUUAUUACUAUGUCAAAAUAGUUCCUGGGCUACAGUGUUGUCUGGAGAGGAGCUUCCUGUAUAAUACCACACUGUAAGUGUGAUAUUUAAUAUUUUCACUGAAAGUUUUAUAAUUAAAAAGUAUUUGAUUUACCGUA